GUAUCGCCUGGCUCCUGUCAGCCGACUGUCAAGAUGGCGGCCCCCAGCACUCGCGCUCUGUGGGGCUACUGCGGCCGGGGGUGGUCGCGGGCGAUGCGGGGCUGCCGGCUCCCCGGGCUUCGUAGCUCCUGGCCAGGGAGUCCGCUGGGCGCGCGGCUCCUGUCCCAAGAGAAGCGGGCAUCGGAAACGCACUUCGGGUUUGAGACUGUGUCGGAGGAGGAGAAGGGGGACAAAGUUUACCAGGUGUUUGAAAGUGUGGCCAAGAAGUAUGACGUGAUGAAUGACAUGAUGAGUCUUGGCAUCCAUCGUGUCUGGAAGGACGUGCUGCUCUGGAGAAUGCACCCGUUUCCUGGGACCCAGCUCCUCGAUGUAGCCGGAGGCACAGGUGACAUUGCCUUCCGGUUCCUUAAUUACAUCCAGGCCCAGCAUCGGAGAAAGCAGAAGAGGCAGUUAAGGACCCAGCAAAAUUUAUCCUGGGAAGAAAUUGCCCAAAAGUACCAGAAUGAAGAGGAUUCCUUGAACGGUUCCCAUGUCGUGAUCUGUGACAUCAACAAGGAGAUGCUGAAGAUUGGAAAGAAGAAAGCCUGUGCACAAGGAUACAAAACUGGACUCGCUUGGGUGUUGGGAGAUGCUGAAGAACUGCCCUUUGAUGAAGACAAGUUUGAUGUUUACACCAUUGCCUUUGGGAUCCGGAACGUCACGCACAUGGACCGGGCACUCCAGGAAGCUCAUCGGGUCCUGAAACCAGGAGGACGGUUUCUCUGCCUGGAGUUCAGCCAAGUGGACAAUCCCCUUGUAUCCAAGCUUUAUGAUCUCUACAGCUUCCAGGUUAUUCCUGUCCUGGGAGAGGUUAUUGCAGGAAACUGGAAGUCCUACCAGUACCUUGUAGAGAGUAUUCGAAAGUUCCCAGCUCAGGAGGAGUUCAAGGAGAUGAUAGAAGAUGCGGGUUUUCAGAAAGUGACUUACGAAAGCCUGUCAUCGGGCAUCGUGGCCAUCCACUCCGGCUUCAAACUGUAACUCGUCACCGCCCUGGGGCAUGAGCCACACAUACUGUCAGAAGCCGGCAGCUCAGGAUAUCAGGCUGGUGAGCUGGCAACAACGUUUCCUCUUAAGGAUAUGUGCUUUGGACUCAUGUUCCCAUGUGACCAAUCCCAAAGAAGAAACAAAUCUGUCACUUGAUUUCAGCUUUCACUGGGAACUGCUUCCUGCAGGCCUUCUCCCCGAGGUAGUUUUUGCUCCGUUCCUGCUCCGUCCUCAGCUGUGCAGUGUGUGGGGAAGGUAAAGCCAGCACUAACGCUCAGUUUAGAGUGUGUUUGGAGUUUCUCUGCUGGUUCUGACUUCCAAGAGGACAGUGGAUCAUUUGAAUCUAAUGAUUUGAACCAGAAAACUUCCUAACUACCUGAGUCAGCCUUUCAGCCUAGGACUGGUUAAGGGCCAAAGCCAAGGCCUGUCAGUGCUGACAAUCACAACUAGAAUUAUAUACUGAACCACUAAAUGACUUUACAAUUUGUAUAGUAUUUGUAAAUCUUUUCUUGGAAAUACAUUCAUUUGAUGCUACCAAAGCCACUGUUGUUCCCUGUGCCUAUCAUGAAGAAAACAAAUCCAGAAAACUCCUCUUUUAUGUCUUAGAAAUCUUUGUCAGGAUAUAUUUGAAGGAAGGAUUUUAUAGUAAAAAAUGUCUGAAAAGUAUUUAUCUGGCCUAACCUCCUCCAGUGCUUGGGGGCAGAGCUCCUGUAUCCUUAAUGUAGUAAUUGAUGUUAAAAAUGAGGCCCUAUUUUUUAUGUGGAUAAAGCUUAAGGUUCAUGUGGGGCCUUGCUAAGAAAUUGCAGAAACCAACCUGCGAGUUGGCCGGCACUUUAAUUGUAAGUAACUGAGAUCUGGGCUAUUGGAACAGGCUGCCCCUUGUCCGAGCACAGUAGGGGUCAUUUAUGUGCCUUCCCUCAAGAUUUUGCCUGUCACUGAAAAGCUUUCAGAUAUAGCUAUCUGUAUGCAACUGUCUCAAAGACAAAGACAGCAACUAAGCAUCAAUAAAAUAACCCU